CGCCGCCAUUGGAAAGCAAGCGGAUUGAAAAUUAUUUGAUAGUUGCAAAAAUUUGACAAAAAGUGUGCUAAAACCUAAAUAAUCUGCAGAAAGGACUCAACCACGCUGCAUGCCAUCAUGUCUGCGUGUAUCGAGAUUCCCUUGCAGGAUACCGAUGAGGUCAUCGAAGUGGACCCGGAUCAGUUGCCAGAAUGCUCGGAGGUACUCAGCAUUCUACUGCAGGAGCAUGCUCCAUUGCAUGUGUGGGUUAAUGUCGCGCUGGCAUACUACAAGCAAAAGAAAACAGAUGAUUUUAUUACUCUGUUGGACGCGGCCCGCGAGAAGGGCACCAAAAACUAUCGGGACUUCGAAAAGGACCAAAUGCGUGCGUUGGACAUGCUGGCGGCACACUAUGUCCAGGAGGCGUACCGGGAAAAGUCCAAGGAUAAGAAGCGUGAGCUGUUCAUGAAGGCCACCAAUCUGUAUACCAGCGCUGACAAGAUCAUUAUGUACGAUCAAAGCCAUUUGCUGGGACGAGCCUACUUCUGCUUGCUUGAAGGCGAUAAAAUGGACCAGGCCGAUGCCCAAUUUAAUUUUGUCCUGAACCAGUCGCCUUCCAACAUACCCUCACUGCUGGGUAAGGCUUGCAUUGCUUUCAAUCGCAAGGAUUAUCGUGGCGCCAUGGUAUUCUACAAGAAGGCCUUACGCACAAAUCCCAAUUGUCCGGCAAACGUACGCAUAGGCAUGGCACAUUGCUUCCUAAAGAUGGGAAAUCCGGAGAAGGCCAAGUUAGCAUUCGAGCGCGCACUACAACUGGACCAGCAGUGCGUGGGUGCAUUAAUUGGUCUGGCGGUGCUGAAGCUGAAUCAACUGGAGCCAGAGUCCAAUAAGCUGGGAGUUCAAAUGCUCUCCAAAGCUUACACCAUCGACAAUGCCAAUCCAAUGGUACUAAAUCAUUUGGCCAAUCACUUCUUCUUUAAGAAGGACUAUCAAAAGGUGCACCACCUGGCCCUGCAUGCCUUUCACAACACCGAGAACGAAGCAAUGCGUGCCGAGAGUUGUUACCAAUUAGCGCGUAGCUUCCAUGCACAAAGCGACUACGAUCAGGCCUUUCAGUACUACUACCAAUCAACGCAAAUUGCGCCUGCCAAUUUUGUACUGCCCCACUACGGACUGGGACAAAUGUAUAUAUAUCGUGGAGAUACGGAGAACGCGGCGCAGUGCUUUGAGAAGGUGCUAAAGAUACAGCCGGGAAAUUAUGAGACAAUGAAGAUCUUGGGCUCGCUCUAUGCCCAUUCCAAUUCGCAGACCAAGCGGGACAUGGCCAAAACGCAUCUGAAAAAAGUCACCGAGCAGUUUCCAGAGGACAUCGAAGCGUGGAUUGAAUUGGCGCAGAUUUUGGAACAGAAUGAUUUACAGGCUUCACUUAAUGCGUAUGGAACAGCAUCGAGUAUAUUGCGUGACAAGGCCAAGUAUGAGAUACCUGCGGAAAUUCAAAAUAAUGUGGCCUCAUUACACUAUCGACUGGGAAAUCUGAAAAUGGCAAAAAGCACUUUGGAAUCGGCUCUGUCGCACGCCAUCUCGGAAAUGGACAAGGAUGUUAAAUACUACGAGUCUAUACAGGUAACCAUGAAGUACAAUUUGGCACGUCUGAACGAGGCCAUGAGCAGCUACGAUGUGGCCGACAAACUUUACAAGGAUAUCCUCAAGGAGCAUCCCAACUAUAUUGACUGUUAUUUGCGUUUGGGUUGCAUGGCGCGUGAUAAGGGCCUUAUUUUUGUGGCAUCCGAUUUCUUCAAAGAUGCACUCAACAUUAAUAAUGAUAACCCAGAUGCGAGAUCAUUGCUUGGUAACUUGCAUUUGGCAAAAAUGCAGUUUGCAUUGGGACAGAAGAAUUUUGAGACAAUUUUGAAAAACCCGGCUACCUCUACUGAUGCCUAUUCGCUGAUUGCUUUGGGCAACUUCUCUCUGCAGACGCUUCAUCAGCCAUCACGCGACAAGGAGAAGGAGCGCAAGCAUCAGGAAAAAGCACUUGCCAUCUACAAGCAGGUUCUACGCAAUGAUCCGCGCAACAUUUGGGCCACAAAUGGUAUUGGUGCUGUUCUCGCCCACAAGGGCUGCGUCAUUGAGGCACGCGAUAUAUUCGCUCAGGUGCGUGAAGCCACCGCCGAUUUCUGUGACGUUUGGCUGAACAUUGCGCACGUUUAUGUGGAACAAAAGCAAUACAUCAGUGCCAUUCAGAUGUACGAGAACUGCAUGAAAAAGUUCUUCAAGCACAAUAACGUCGAGGUCAUGCAGUAUUUGGCCCGUGCUUAUUUACGCGCCAACAAGCUCGUCGAGGCCAAGGCAGUACUGCUGAAGGCACGACGUGUGGCACCUCAGGAUACCGUGCUCUUAUUCAACAUUGCCGUGGUUCUAUCCCGCCUAGCCAUGGCCAUACUUAAGGACGAAAAGUCCACACUGGAAGUGGUCCUGCAGGCGGUACAUGAGCUGGAGUUAGCCCACAAGUACUUUCAAUAUCUGUCCGUGCACGGCGAUAAGGCACGUUUCAACAUCGAAGUGGCAGCCAUUGAGGCCAAUCAAUGCCAGGAUCUACUGUCACAGGCUCAGUAUCAUGUGGGUCGUGCACGUCGCAUAGACGAGGAGGAGCGCUCGCUACGUCGAAAACAGGAGGAGGAACGCGAGGCAUUCAAACUGAAACAGGCAGAACAACGAAAACGACGCGAAGAAGAGGCAAAAAUGUCGCGCGACCAAUUGUUGGCCAAGCGCCAGGAAUAUGUGGAGAAAACGAAAAAUUUGCUAAUUAUUGCCGAUGCUCCGACGGAAAAAGAACGCAAAAAGGGAAGCGGACGUCCACGCAAGGAUGACUACUUAUCGGGCAGUGAUAGCGAUGAUGGACCUAGAGAUGGCGCCGAACGACCACCCAAGAAGAAAAGCAAAGGCGAGCGCAAAAAGGGAAGUGGGCGGAAGCGAAAGGCGGAUAAAUAUGAGAGCGAAAGCGAUGAAGAGCGUCGUGGUGGUGACAAUUCCAGCAAAAAGAAGAAAAAGAAGCAACAACCCAUUAAGGAGUCCAAGGAGAAGCUGUCGGCUAAGCAGCGUCUCAAGAUUGUGUCGAAGGAAACGAUUUCAACAAGCGAAUCUGAGAGCGAAGGCGGUGGCAAAAGAAGUCGCAGUCGUAGCCGUAGUCGAAGUGAGAGUGGCAGCAGGAAAAGUCGUAGCGGCAGUCGAAGCCGCAGCGAAAGCGGCAGUAGAAAAAGUCGGAGUCGUAGCCGCAGUGAAAGUGGCAGCAGGAAAAGCCGCAGUCGAAGCCGAAGUGAAAGCGGGAGCAGGAAAAGUCGUAGCCGCAGUCGCAGUGGUAGUGGAUCUGGUAGUGAUAGCGGUAGUGAUCGUGGUCGAAAGCGCAAUCGCAGUGGCAGCCGAAGUGGCAGUGGAAGCGAUACCGGCACUAGAAAGAAACGCGCUAGAAAUCGCAUUGAGUCAGGUGGCGAAUCGGACGGUUCAAGAUCAAAAUCUGGCUCUCGAUCAAGAUCGAAAUCAAAAUCUAGAUCACACAGUAGAUCCAAAUCAAAAUCCAGAAGUCGCAGCAGAUCUAGGUCCGGAUCAAGAUCUCCGUCGGGUUCAAGGUCACGUUCGCCCACACGCAGCCGCUCCGCGACGCCAGCCAGCAAUUAAGACAUUCAUUUUCUACGAGUCCCGAAAAUUGGAACUUUUAAUCAUCUGCCAAUUUUCGGGCUUCGUAGUAAAUAACAACAUUUUACGUUUAAACUUAACAAUAAAUAUAAAUUGUAUAUUUAGUUUUGUUCACAAUUGAAGUCGCUUCAUAGAGCGCUACUAAAUAAAAUGCUGUUUCGACAAACGAAAGCAAUAUUUAUGGUGCAAGUUCAGGCA